GUUGAGUUCAGCCUGGGUGCUUGUCUGUGCUUGUUGUGUUCACCAAAUCAAUCACAACACAUCGCUGAUCCAGAAAGUGGAUGCUGCCUUCACUUCCUCCUGGUGUCCACCUCCCAUUUCAACUGAGCCCCAACUCGUGUGUGCAUGUGUGUGUGUGUGUGUGUUUGUGUGUGUGUGUACACGCACACGCAUGUUUGUGUGUGUAAAUUCACUCGAGGCCUAUGUGAGUGUGUCGCCUUAAGUUAGUGUGUGUGUGUGUGUGUAAGUGUGUGCCUGUGUCAUCCCCCCCCCGGCCCACCAUGUCCCUGUAUCCCUUAAAGCUCCAGCUGAAUCCAUCGGUGUGUCUCCACCUCCUCUGCCUGCUGCUGCUCCUCACCGAAUCCUCCUCCACAGUAUCUAAAAAGGACCCAGUUAAGGCCGACCCCCCAGCCCAGCUCAGCCCAAUACAAGCUAACUGCUCCACUGCAUGUGAUAAUGGUGGAGUCAGUGAAAAUGCAACCGUUAAGGAUUCCUCAGAGACACAACCACAGAAGAAUUUGACCUCUUUCUCAGUCAGCCACAAUUCAAAUGACACUGUAGCAUCCAUAAUCCCACCCAACCAAUCCACAGGAGGAAAUAAUUCAUCCGCAGCCUCACUAUCCAAUCAACAGCCAGCAUCACCGGACCAUCAGCUCCCAUCACCGGACCAUCAGCUCCCAUCACCGGACCAUCAGCACCCAUCACCGGACCAUCAGCACCCAUCACCGGACCAUCAGCUCCUAUCACCGGACCAUCAGCACCCAUCACCGGACCAUCAGCACCCAUCACCGGACCAUCAGCUCCCAUCACCGGACCAUCAGCUCCCAUCACCGGACCAUCAGCUCCCAUCACCGGACCAUCAGCUCCCAUCACCAGCAACAGAGACUCAGAAUGCAACUCUUGUUCCUUCUAACGCCACAGGCUCAUCAGCACAGGCUGCUCCUGAUGGAUCCAUUACCAGCAAAGGUAAUAUUACAUUCACAACUGCAAAGCCUGUUGGGAAAGUACACACAACCCCUGUACUGGUGACUUCUAUGACCACAACACCGCCACCGUCAACUACUACAACCACAACACCAACAUCUACUACAACCACAACAACAACAACUCCAACACCAACGUCUACUACAACAACCACAACAACAACUACAAGAAUACCAGCAUCUACAGCAGCAGCAGCAACAACAACAACAACACCAACAGCAGCAGCAGCCCCUCCACUACCACCACCAACACUCCCCGCAACAACAGUAAAAACAACUGUCACACUUCCAGCACACACAACUGUUGCUAUCACUACAACCACAAGUAUAAAGAAGUCACCUCCACCAUCAUCAUCAUCAUCAUCAUCAGCAGCAGCAGCAGCCACGCCACAGCCACCAGUUCAGACCACCUCUUUACCCACAGGGCCUGUUAACAGCAACGUAACCUCCACUAGUCACAAUGACCUGGUUGCCUCCGGAACAAGGGUUGCAGUGGUAGAGGUAGCUGGGGCUGCUCUGACCAGGCAGCUGGUGGAUACAGCGUCUUUACUGGCCGUCCUCCUCUUCGGCCUGCUCUUCUUCUUGGUCACGGUGGCUGUGUUCGUCACACAGGCCUACGAGAGCUACAGGAGGAAGGACUACACCCAGGUGGACUACCUGAUCAACGGCAUGUACUCAGACUCUGGGGUGUGAGGGAGGAAGGGGCUAAGCACAACUCUUGAGAUUGUUUUUGCACUUGGAGACAGAGACCGUAGAGUAGAAGACUGACUGGAUGGUAUCACGGUGGUCCUGUGAAUUCACGUGGUGAUGCAGUGCUUCUGUUAGAGAGUUCAGGGAGAAGAAUGAAAAGACUAAAGUGACCAGCAGCUCACUGAACUGACUCUAAAGCAGUAACUGAUGUGUUUCCACAUUAAUUGUUCCACUUAACACUUUGUUCUUUCCUCUCUCUUUCUUUGAUGGUUUGAAUGUGAAGAGUUUGGCCAAAUGUUGAGCAACAUAAAUAGACCUGGAUGUAACUCCAGUUCUAUGAGUACGUGUAGCCCUUUUAUGGGCCUCGCUAGUGGCCAGCAGCAGAUUGUCCUCCACACUGCUGGUCAGUCCAGCUGUAGUGGGUUCCAGGCUAGACCAAUCAGGACGCUUCCAAUGUGAUAGAAAGCUCAACAGAUGACCUGGUCACUUAAGGUGUCUCUCUUCUUUUUUUUUCUUUUUCCAAAAGUCAAACACGUAAUCCGUGCGAGUACGUUUCUACACAACGAUAUACCUUAAUGCACUUUCUCCCAUGUUUCCAUGUUUGCAUUUUGAAGACAAACUCACAGCCCUGUUAAGGACCAAAGCAUAUUUAAAAAUACGAAGUCCAAGACUUUCGUUUUCCAGUGAUGAACUAAUUACUUAUUACACAUCAAAAAUCAAAAUUUAAAAGAAAAAACAGCAAAUUGAAAACAAACUUUAAAAUGUCUUCUUCUUUAAAAACGUCAUUCCAGAGCCUGUUUGACGAACGAGAAGCAGCUCUUCAAACAGCGAAUGAAGCAGUCACGCGUGGAAAAUAGCACAUCAGUGGGGCUAUUGCCAACUCUAAGUUGUGUUGUGUUCGAGUUUAUGAGCACAUGUUAUAGAUUCUCCAGAUGUUUUUGAACUGAAUUGAAUGAAAAACUAACAAUUUAUUUAUUUGUGAUUUUGUUUUGCACAUUUAAUAAUUUUGUCUGAUGUGAUGCACAGCAGCCAAACGCAGUUCAUUGUAUUGAAAAUCAAUUUGAUCAUUUUACAUAUCAUUUUUUAUACAUUUGCCAUUUGGGUAAAUGUCCCUCUUAACAUGGUGAUGUUGAUUUCAACUAUAUAACCAGCCCUGUAUACCAUCUUUUCAGAUGUGUUGCCAUUUCUAGCUCAUCUCAAAUAUUUUCACUAGCAGUGCAAAGUAAGUCCAAGCGUUUAACUUGCUCACCUUGCUGCAGUGAUGAAGACGUGUACUCCAGGACACCAUGACAUCACUGUUGCCUGUGGUUACAGGAAACCACAACACAAACAAACGCAAGCAGCCAGAUGAUCACACAGGUUGGAGUAAACAGACCUUUUUGUUUUCGCCGUGCAGUCGGGGAUUAUUAGCAGAGUAAGGAUUUCUGGCUCAGCUUCACCCACUUCCAAGGUGCAUGGCGACGGGGAAAAAGUCUCCAGCAACGCUUUUGUUUUAACAUUUCAGGUUCUGCUCACUUUGACUUGGUGCUCCAAAUAAAGUGGUUUAGAUAAUCGGGAUAAGCUGUUGGCUUUUCUGCCUGAAUGCAGUUGCCUGUGAAAUUAUAGCUGAUAAAAAACAUGACCAAAAUCUACAAAAAUAAGAUGCAAGUUAUAAAACUACCGACUGACGACAUACCAGUCCAACCAAUAGCGGUAGCGUGCUGUGAAACAGAUCUGACCUGAUUGACUGUAGAGCAUGGGAGCUGGACGUGAAGCAGCUUGUUCCAUACUGAAAUCAAAAGUAAAUAAACAUGGGAAGAAAUGUUUUCUCAGAAAGACAUUAGAAUUUUACACAGGUACUCCUGCCAACUGAAUACAGUGAGAGCUGUAUUUCCUGCUUUUCCCCAGAUGUGGCCUGGUGCGUCAGGGCCAGCGUAUAUACAGUGGUGGUGACUGGUUUAGUUGGUAGGCCAGAGACAGAGACCACCAUGUCAUCUUAUUCGGGUCAUCAAGUUGAUGAUUUUUUUCCUCCUCCGUCAGUCUGUUAACGCUGACUCUGUGUUUUUCUGCCAUGUGCAUGUUAUGGGCAGCGGAGGCUUUGUUCACUCAAUCUGUUUGUUUGGAUGGCAGCUGCUUUGCUCAGUGAUGACGUUAAAGAAGAAGACAUAGUAAAACAAACUGCCUCAUUCAAUUCACGCUGAGACGUAAUAAGACCCAUCCCGGUUACAUUCGUGGCCCUCCUUUCAGGAACACGAUCAGCGAUUUCAAAGAUUUCGCAUCAGGCAGAACAGCAGUGAGGUCUCAUUCCUGCCCAUUAUAAAAGCAGCUGUGCUCACCCGCCCCGAUUCACACAGGGUGCAGCUUAGAGUCAGGACUGCUGGAAAUAAUCAUACAUCACUUUUAUAAUCCAAAUGGUGAGGAAACGUCUGGAGGUAACCAACGAGAGCGCUGUCGUCAAGACAGCAGGCUGUUGUCAAGUUAACCUUUUGUAUGCCCACGUGAAAUACGACUGACGGUGAUGGCGUGUGUAGAGCUGUAUGUAUGGCAUUAACAACAUUUCUUCUUUUGUAUUUGUUUUU